AUGGCUCAAGCCAUUCCCAGAAGGCAGCUUCCUAUGGAGGCAGGAGAUGGUGCUAUAUACACUCCUCUUGUAACUCACGAGGAGCAGCAGGUGCUGGAUCGCCUUGACUUUGUACUGAGGAACUUUACAGAGCUGCGGCAAGAAGUGGAAGAGCUACGAAACAGUUUGCAGUGCAUAGCUGCUGAAAUUGUUGGUGAAAUCAAGUCCCAUCUAGAAGAAACACACAAAGUAACUCGCCGAAGGCGGUUCCUGUUUCCUAGGGAAAGAAGUGAUUCCACAGGCUCCAGUUCCAUUUAUUUCACAGCCAGCUCAGGAGCAACCAAUACAGAUGAUGGUGAAAGCGAAGGAGGGUAUACCACAGCCAAUGCUGAGUCUGACUAUGACCGGGAGUCAGAGCAAGAGAGCGAGGAAGGGGAAGAUGAAGUGAGCUGUGAAACAGUGAGGACUGCACGGAGGGAUUCACUGGACCUGGUCACCGAGGAUGACAUUCAUUUAAUCUCAGAUUCCUCAGCGGAAGAAGGGAUGGGUCAGCUCCUGCAGCAGGCUGACCAGCUGCAUAAUGGAGAUGAGCAGGAGAAGGCAGAAGGAUUCCAGCUGCUCCUUAAUAACAAACUGGUGUACGCAGACCAGAAAGAUUUCCUCUGGCGCCUGGCCCGAGCAUAUAGUGAUAUGUGUGAAAUCACAGAAGAUGCAGAGGAGAAGAAAUCAUAUGCAUCUGAUGGGAAACAAGAAAUAGAAGCUGCCUUACAGAAAUGGGAUCAGAGUGCUGAGUGUCACCAGUGGUAUGCUAUACUUUGUGGGCAGUUGGCAGAACAUGAGAGCAUUCAGAAGCGCAUUCAAGCUGGCUAUGUUUUUAAGGAACACAUUGAUAAAGCAAUUUCCCUGAAACCAGAUGAUCCAAAGUCUUACUACCUUUUGGGCAGGUGGUGUUACCAGGUUUCUCAUCUGGGAUGGCUUGAAAAAAAGACUGCUGCUGCUUUGUUUGAAGCCCCUCCUACAGCCACUGUACAAGAUGCACUGGAAAACUUUUUAAGGGUGGAGGAGUUGAGCCCGGGAUUUUCCAAGGCAGGAAGAGUAUACAUUGCCAAGUGUUACAGGGACCUGGGGAAUAACUCUGCAACUCUUCUCUGGAUGAAUCUUGCUUCAGAGCUGCCAGUUAAUACGAAAGAGGAUGCAGAAAGCAAGAGAGAACUUGAGGAGAUGCAGUUAAUCUGGGAAGAAUAAAUAUUUAAGCAGCUCAUU